AGAUUAUCUAAAUCAUAUUUAUUUAGAAACAUAUUUAUAAAUCAGAUCCAAAGAAUCAUUUUCCCAGAAUGUUAUCUAUUCUAUCAAAUACUUGAGAUCAAUAUUUGCAACCAAACAUUUUGCAAAUUUCAAUGAGUGAUAGUGACAGUAUUAGGGCCAAGGAUGCCGAAUUCCAUGAGACAGAAAAGCAUGACGUCCCAAUUGUAUUCAAAUCAACCUCCAAGUCUAUUGGGGUGAGAAAAGCUGAAAUCAUGAUGGAACAGUACCAAAAUCCUGCCCUCAAGGUAUUUCUCUUUGUUAGUGUCUUCCUCGUAUCGUACGUUUGUGGUAUUGAUGGGACUCUCAGAUAUACUCUCCAAGCAUAUGCCACUGCUUCUUAUGGUGAACAUUCGCUUAUCUCCACUGUUGGAGUUAUUCGUGCCGUUGUCUCUGCAGCUUCGCAGCCAACGUACGCUCGUUUGUCUGACAGAUUUGGAAGAAUUGAACUUUUUACCAUAUCAAUCAUUUUCUAUGCAUUAGGGACCGUCAUUGAGUCUCAAGCUUAUGAUGUCCAAAGAUUCGCUGGUGGUUCUGUUUUAUAUCAAUUUGGAUACUCUGGUGUCACGUUAAUGAUGCAGGUUAUGAUGGCUGAUUUCUCCAACUUGAAUUGGAGAAUGUUUUGUUCUUUUGUUCCUGCUUUACCCUACAUAAUCAAUUCUUGGGUUUCUGGUGACAUUCUCGACUCCAUGUAUCCAAAAUACCUGUGGAGUUUCUGCAUUGGAAUGUGGGCAUUCAUUUUUCCAUUGUCUUGUAUCCCAUUACUCGGGUGUUUAUUCCACAUGUGGAUUCUUGCAAAAAGAACUGAAGAAUGGAAGAUUGUGCUUGAAGAUGAAAGGAAAGUACAUCCAACUAAAUGGGUUUCUUACAAGAAUAACAUUCUAGUUGACUUGUUUUGGGAGAUCGAUGUGAUUGGUAUCUUGUUUAUUGUAUGUAUCUUUGGUUUCAUUUUAGUUCCAUUCACUCUUGCCUCGGGUGUCACCGAUAAGUGGAAGCAAGCGUCGACUAUUGCUCCACUUGUAAUUGGUUUUGUUCUUAUCCCAUUCUUCAUAAUCUGGGAAAAGAAGUUUGCCCGUUUCCCAAUUACUCCUUUCGCUUUACUAAAAGAUCGUGGUGUUUGGUCCGCUCUCAUUAUUGGUAUUUUGAUUGACUGGGUCUGGUAUAUGCCAAAUGAUUUCAUGUACACUGUUUUGAUGGUGGCCAUGAACCAAUCCCAAAAGGCUACAAUUAGAAUUACAUCCUUGUUUUCUUUUGUCUCCGUUAUUGUAGGUCCCCUAGUUGGUCUCGUCAUUGUCAAAUUCAGAAGAACUAAAGGGUUUAUCAUUUUUGGUGUGACUUGUUGGGCUAUUUCUCUUGGUCUUCUCGUUCACUAUAGAGGUGACAAUGACGGCCUUCAAUCUGAAAAGUUUGUAAACGGUGUCAUUGGUUCUCUUUGUUUGAUGGGUUUCGGUGCUGGAUUCUUCACGUACACCACACAGGUGUCCAUUUCAACCUGUACCAAUCAUGAACAUAUGGCUGUUGUUCUUUCUCUUUACUUGUCAUCAUACAAUGUGGGCUCGGCCAUUGGUGCAUCCGUCUCUGGUGCUGUAUGGACUAACCUUAUGUACAAGGAAAUUUUCAAGCAAAUGCAAAAGGCUGGAAUUGAUACAGCACUCGCAACAUUUGCCUAUGGUUCCCCAAUUGGUCUUGGAGGAUUUAUUGAAACUUACACUUGGGCAUCUCCGGAAAGAAUCCCGGUUGUCUUGGCAUAUGCUCAUGUUCAAAAGAUCUUGAGCAUAGUCGGGCUUGUAUUGGUAUUCCCAUUACUCAUUGCUACCUUCUUCUUGAGAGAUCAUAAGCUUGAAUCUGUUCAAAGUCUCGAAUUGGCUCACGAAGGUGGUAUCAAGGAGAAUAAUGGAGAGGUUGUAGUUAACGACUAUGACGAUGAUUUUGUCGUUAAGAAAUUCAAGUCUAUAUUUGGUAAACGUUAAAAUUUUGUGAAUAGUUUAAUAAAAAGUUUAGUGACAUUCUG